GCAAUUCUCUGCCCUGAUAUUACCAACUUUAAAGUUAUUUAAUACUCCCACCCCUCGAGACAUUUCCAUGAGUUUCAUUGAAUUAAUCCAGAAGAAUGUUUGAACUUCUCCAACCGGUCAAGUGUCUUCUGUCUCCGGAGCCGAUUAUCAUCGAUAAUAUCGUCUUCAGGUUACACUCGAGGGUGACUGUUGUCAUUCUCGUCACGUGCACAAUCAUUAUCUCAGCGAAACAGUACGUGGGAGAACCCAUAUCGUGUAUAACUGACGCAUCAAUUGAUAAGGAGCCGGUUAAUGCGUACUGCUGGAUAUACAGUACAUUUACGGUAUCAAGACACUUGAGAGGUAUUCCAGGACGUCAAGUUGCAAGUCCCGGUGUUGGUCCAGCACUCGAGAACGACGAGAUUCACCAUCACCGGUAUUACCAAUGGGUCUGUUUCGUUCUCGGUAUUCAAGCAAUAAUAUUUUACACACCGAGAGGACUGUGGGGUGUCUGGGAACGUGGAACUGUAUCACUUCUCAUUCGUGAUCUUACAUCACCCUUUCUCGGAGAUGUUUGGAGUCACGAGAGAAAACAACAGCUUGUCCAAUACUUCGCAUCGACACAUUUACACACCCAUAAUUUUUAUGCACUGUGUUAUCUCUUCUGCGAGUCACUCAACGUUAUCAAUGCGGUUAGCCAGAUAUACCUGCUGGACGUAUUUCUUGAGGGUGAAUUCACGGGAUAUGGACCAGCAGUAGCUGCAUUCGGAAUGGAAACAAAGCCCUUCGAGAGAGUAGAUCCGAUGUCUCGUCUAUUUCCCAAAGUAACAAAAUGUACAAUUCAUACAUUUGGCUCUUCAGGAUCCCAACAGACACACGAUGCACUCUGCAUUCUACCACUUAACGUUGUCAAUGAAAAAACAUUUGUAUUCGUAUGGUUUUGGCUUGUAUUCCUCGCGUGCAUUGGCUCACUCAAUCUCUUGUACAGAAUUAUUCAAUUCACUCAUAAAAAAUCACGUAUUUAUAUUCUACGAUCUAACACCCGUGUUUUAACAAAUGCACAAGUGGAGGUUGUCGUUGGUGAAUUGAAUUUUGGUGAUUGGUUCCUACUUCAUCAACUCGCCCAGAAUGUCAAUCCCAUUGUCUACAGGGAACUCGUCAGUGAACUUGCUACCAAGUUCUCGUACAAAUAUUAUCCAACUGUCGUGUAAAUCGCGGGGGGAUUGAAAUAAUAUUUACUGACUGCAAAACCCCAUACUGUUAUCAACCAA